AUGAGAGUGCUUUUCUCAGGCUCCACUCAUUUCUCACUUCCCUCUUUGGAGGCUCUUGUGUCCACUUCAGAUGUUGUUGCUGUCCUUACCCGAGAGGAUAAGCCCGCAGGGAGGCAUAAACAACUACAUGCCACCCCAGUAAAACUCUACGCCCAGUCUGUGGGCAUACCAUGCAUUACACCAGAAAAACUAGACUCGCAUUGUCGAGAACAGAUAGCAAGAUACACCCCCGAAUGCAUGAUUUGCGCAGCAUACGGGAAAUUCUUUGGCGAAAAAUUUCUUUCACUUUUUCCCAAGGGUUCUGUUAAUAUUCAUCCCUCCCUCUUACCGAGACAUAGAGGGGCAACACCUAUACUCGCAGCAUUACUUGCCAACGAUGCCAGUACUGGGGUAAGUGUGCAAAAAAUAGCAGCAGCAAUGGAUGAGGGGGAUAUUAUACUACAGUCAACACGCAAUAUCCGUCCUGAUCACACCUACCACAGCCUUACGGAGGAACUCGCAAGCGACUCAGCCCAGCUUGUAAAACAAUUGAUACCACGUUAUGAUACGUGCUAUGCCCUUGCUCAACAGCAAAACGCACAGAACGCUACCUACACUUUGAAAUAUAAUUCCCGGUACGGGUUUUUGCAGGGAUGGGAAAGUGCAGAGCAGAUAGUGCUUUUGAGCAGGGCGUAUGUACAGCCGUUGUCUGGGGUAAAGGUGCAUUUUAAGUCUGCUGUAGUUAAGAUAUGGCGUGCAGUAUUAGUGCCAGAGAAAGCACGUAUUGCAUGCACACACACAAGUAGCGAUUCUGCACCCGGGACAGUCUUAGGAGUACAUAAUGACUAUGGUAUUAUAGUAAGUACAGUAAGAGGUAGCUUUGCAAUUCAAGAAUUGCAGCUUGAACAUAGAAAAAAACUAAAGUGGAAAGAAUUUAUUCAAGGAAACAAAGAUAUUAUUGGAGUGAAAAUAUAUUAA